AUGUCUAGAUCUGCCAUCAACAUGCUCACGAUGACUCGAGCAGAAUGGCUCGAGAAGCGUGCUCAAGAACUCCAGUCCAAUCCAAGUCAUUCGCCACCAACCAGUCAAUCGAAAGAACAAGUAACAACAGCCAAUAAAGAUGAAACUAAGUCUACCGCUGACGACAAUACGCCAUCUAUCGAGCCCGACCUCAGAGAAGUAGAUUACAAGACGAUUGAAUAUCUGUGGAUCGGAUUAUAUCAAGAUUCACCCGUUGGACAAACUCGCCUGAAACCUACGGGUUAUCCUGAGUAUCUACUCAAGCGACACUUUAUACCUAAGAAAGAAAGGCAAUCGGAAACCCAAUCUCAACAACCUAGUCAACCUGUUAUCAACACCUUCUCGUCUGAAGAUGAUGUACAACCCGAUGGUAGGGCCAGUAUCCCCAGACCCAGACCCAGACCCAGACCCAGACCCAGACCUAGCUCUUCGGAGCAAAUGAUUUUCUGCGUCGAUGAAUUGAUUUACGUCGGUAAACUCUGGGAUGUUUACAAAGGAAAAUUAGUCCUAUGCGACGGAACGGCCAAACAUAAGGUGAUGAUCAUGAAACUCAUGAAACCCGACUGUUUUCCUGAAGAAUAUCCAUCAGAUUCGGAUGACUCGAACAGCGCAGAAGAGGGAUUUCAUACUUCAGAUGCAGCGAUAACGUCAGCAUAUCAAGAGGAUUAUAUUUAUAGGUAUUAUUUGACGGAGUUGUAUGGUGGGGUAGUACCUGAUUAUUAUGGGAUGUUCACCUGCUUCGCGGAGACGGAUGAGGCGAAUGAUGAGGAAGAAAAAGGGGGACCUCCAGAUCCUUGGCUGUGCGCGAUGUUGAUGGAGGAUGUUGGUCGCGGAAAUAUGUUCAGUGAAAAUGAAGCCGACUUUUGGGAUGAGGAAGAUUGCCUUAACAUCAAACAAGCGUACAGAACGUUACAUGAAGUCGCAGAAGUCGGACACGGCGAGAUAGCAGACAAUCAUAUCAUUGUCAAUCGCGAGCAAAAUCGUGUCGCAAUCCUCGACUUCCAGGGAGCAAACACAUUCAGCUCUACCAGACAACCUAAAAGAACGAAGACAAUGGUGGAGUGGGAUGAGGGAUGUUUGGAAGAGGUUCUCUAUCCCUGGAGAAAUAGACCGAGAGAAUCUUAG